ACAAUGAUAAAAUCUUACUCUUAACGACUCCUCUUCCUCCACCACCACCAUCACCAUCAUUUUACAACUAAGCACCAACAUAACAAUUAAAUUACUCUAUACUCUACUAAUUAUACUCAUAUAAUUCUUCCAUCACCAGCUCCACCACUCUCCUACUCCCCUGCUCUCUAUAUAUACUUACAACAUAUAUACGUAUGUACUGGUGAAGUCAGAUCUGGAGUUCCAAGCUUUUAUUCCACCUACACUACCAUUUUUAACUACUACUCUCGCUUUCUCAACUUCACCAUAAGAUAUUGGAUGUUGUUUAAUAUUUAAAGACCAAUGUCUAGACAACAUUUUCCAGCACAAGAUGUGUCACCCAGAUCAAGAGAAUAUGAAGGUCCGUCGAGGUGGAAUGAGUAUUUAAGCCAAGAGGUCACUUUUCAAGUUGAACCAAGGACUUCUAGGAAUGUUCGCUCUGAAGGACCAGCACAGAGUUCAGUUGGGUCUCAUAAGGGAUUAAAUAUGCUGUGGGUUUAUCAACUUACACAGGUUGCUGAAGGGUUGAUGGCCAAAAUAUAUCGAUUAAACCAAAUUUUGGACUACCCGGAUACAGCAGGUCACAUGUUCUCAGAAGCAUUUUGGAAAUCUGGGGUCUUCCCAAAUCUUCCUAAAAUUUGCACCAUUCUCUCCAAGAAGUUUCCAGAGCAUCACAGCAAAUUACAACUUGAACGAGUCGAUAAGGUUGCAAUCGAUGCUUUAAAUGACCAUGCAGAAGUUUACUUACAAAGCUUGGAGCCCUGGGUUCAGUUGCUUCUGGAUCUAAUGGCAUUUCGGGAGCAAGCUCUACGACUCAUACUGGAUCUAAGCAGCACCGUAAUUACAUUGUUGCCCCACCAGAACUCCCUCAUACUACACGCAUUUAUGGACCUUUUUUGUUCCUUUGUAAGGGUUAAUCUCCUUGCUGAGAAGAUACCUAGAAAAAUGAUGCUACAGGUGUACAACCUUUUGCAUGCCAUGUUAAGAAGUGAUCGAGAUUGUGAUUUCUAUCAUCGCUUGGUCCAAUUUAUAGACGCCUAUGAUCCACCAUUAAAAGGGUUACAUGAAGAUCUGAAUUUUGUCAGUCCUCGUAUUGGAGAGGUUUUGGAAGCUGUUGGGCCCAUUGUUUUUUUAUCAACUGACACAAGAAAGCUUAGAAAUGAGGGUUUUCUAAGUCCAUUUCAUCCUCGAUUUCCCGACAUCCUUACAAAUUCAGCGCAUCCAAUGAGGGCACAGGACUUGGCAAAUGUAACAUCGUAUCGGGAUUGGGUAUUAAUUGGUUAUCUUUGUUGUCCGGAUGAACUUCUGCGUGUGACCAGCAUUGAUAUCGCUUUGGUGGUUCUGAAAGAAAAUUUAGUCCUCACUCUAUAUAGAGAUGAGUAUAUACUGUUGCACGAGGAAUAUCAUAUGUAUGUUUUGCCACGGAUAUUGGAAUCCAAGAAGAUGGCCAAAUCUGGACGUACAAAACAAAAAGAAGCAGAUCUGGAGUAUAGUGUUGCAAAGCAGGUCGAGAAAAUGAUUAGUGAGGUCCAUGACCAAGCAUUAUCAUCCUGUGAUGCCAUCCACCGGGAAAGGAGAACAUUAUUAAAACAAGAAACUGGAAGAAUGGUUCUUUUCUUUACUGACCAGCCGAGUUUACUGGCUCCUAAUAUUCAGAUGGUCUUUUCUGCCCUGGCUUUAGCUCAAAGUGAGGUUAUAUGGUAUUUCCAACAUGUAGGCAUUGCAUCGUCAAAAUCUAGAGCAGCUAGAAUGGUGCCGGUGGGCAUUGACCCAAAUGAUCCAACUAUUGGGUUCUUGUUGGAUGGGAUGGACCGGCUUUGUUGUUUAGUCCGCAAGUAUAUUGCAGCAAUUCGAGGGUAUGCCUUGUCAUACCUCUCUUCUUGUGCCGGAAGAAUCCGGUUUUUGCUUGGUACCCCUGGAAUGGUGGCUCUUGACCUGGAUGCCACCUUAAAAGGACUUUUUCAGAAGAUUGUUCAGCAUCUUGAAAGCAUACCAAAACCACAAGGCGAAAAUAUUGCUGCCAUCACAUGUGAUCUAUCUGAGUUGCGUAAGGACUGGGUAGCUGUUUUAAUGAUUGUCACUUCUGCGCGAUCAUCCAUAAACAUUAGACAUUUGGAAAAAGCUACAGUAUCCACUGGGAAAGAAGGCUUAUUAUCAGAAGGAAAUGCUGCAUACAAUUGGUCCAGAUGUGUCGAUGAACUUGAAACUCAGCUAUCAAAACAUGGAAGUCUGAAGAAACUGUACUUCUAUCAUCAGCAUCUUACAGCAGUUUUCAGGAACACCAUGUUUGGACCAGAGGGGCGUCCUCAACACUGUUGUGCUUGGCUUGGUGUUGCUAGCAGUUUCCCGGAGUGUGCUUCUGCAAUUGUUCCAGAAGAGAUUGCUAAAAUUGGCCGUGAUUCUGUGCAAUAUGUUGAGUCCCUUAUUGAAUCCAUUAUGGGAGGAUUGGAGGGGUUAAUCAACAUCCUUGAUUCUGAAGGAGGAUUUGGCUCCCUUGAGAUGCAGCUUUACCCAGAGCAGGCAGCUAUUCUCAUGAAUUUGACAUCUCAAAUGUCUUCUAUGCCUUCAACAAAAUCUCCAAAAGGUGCAUCUGGUUUUCAUUUCCCAGGAUAUGAAAGCUAUCCUGAAAGUAAUAGCUCUAUCAAGAUGUUAGAAGCUGCGAUGCAGAGGUUGACAAAUCUUUGUUCUGUUUUAAAUGACAUGGAGCCUAUAUGUGUUCUAAAUCAUGUUUUUGUUCUAAGGGAGUACAUGAGAGAAUGCAUCCUUGGAAACUUUAGGAGAAGACUACUUGCAGUAUUAAAAACUGAUAAUGAUCUUCAACGCCCUUCAGUUCUGGAAUCACUGAUUCGUAGACAUGUUUCUAUAAUUCAUUUAGCAGAACAACACAUCAGUAUGGACCUCACCCAGGGUAUCAGGGAAGUUCUGUUGACGGAGGCAUUCUGUGGCCCGGUUUCUGCAUUGCACUUAUUUGAGAAGCCUGCUGAGCAACUUGGUGGAUCGGCUACUGAAGCUGUGUGCAGUUGGUAUAUGGAGAACAUUGUUAAGGAUGUCUCUGGUGCUGGGAUCUUGUUCUCUCCGCUCCACAGAUGCUUUAAGAGUGCUAGACCUGUUGGAGGAUAUUUUGCCGAGUCGGUUACUGAUCUCAGGGAAUUAGAAGCCUUUGUUCGCAUCUUUGGGGGAUAUGGUGUCGACAGGUUGGACAGAAUGAUGAAAGAACAUACAGCUGCACUUUUGAAUUGCAUUGACACUUCACUAAGAGCAAAUCAUGAGGUAUUGGAGGCUAUUGUUGGAAGCAUUCAUGCUGGUGUCCGCAUAGAAAGAGAGGCAAAUAUGAAGCAGAUCAUAGAUAUGGACACAGUGAUUGGAUUCUGUAUUCAAGCAGGUCAAGCUAUUGCAUUCGAUUUUCUUUUAGCAAAAGCUGCUGGAACUGCUCUGGAAGAUGGCGCACCUCUGAUACACUCAUUAUUAGCGGGUGUCAUGAAGCAAUUACCAGAUGACCUUCCUGAGAAGAAAGAAAAUAGGAGAGUUAGAAGAGUGGCAAACAGUAUUGAUGUUGUUGUUGAUCACGAUUCUGAGUGGGUGAGAGCGAUUUUGGAGGAUGUUGGUGGUGCAUAUGAUGGUUCUUGGAGUUUGUUGCCUUAUCUAUUUGCCAGUUUUAUGACUUCUAGCAUUUGGAAUACUACGGCCUUUAAUGUAGACACAGGUGGAUUUAACAACAACAUUCACUGCCUGGCAAGGUGCAUAUGUGCUGUAAUUGCAGGAAGUGAGUUCGUUAGGCUGGAAAGAGAAAAUCAUCAUAAACAUUCUUUUUCCAAUGGUCACAUGGAUGAAACAUUAGAUUCUGAAGUACAUAAUGGUUCGUCGGCUGAAGCAAGCAUCAAAUCCUUAAUGCAGCUAUUUGUUAAGGUAUCUGCUGGGAUCACCCUAGAUGGUUGGAAUGAAUCUGACAGGUCUCAUCUUGUACCAAAGCUAAUAUUCCUGGAUCAAUUUUGCGAAAUUUCUCCAUACCUACCGAGGAGCUCUCUUGAACCCCACGUCCCUUAUGCAAUUCUUCGUUCAAUAUAUAGCCAGUACUACACAAGUUCUCCUUCCACCCCACUGGCAUUAAUAGGUGCAUCACCGAGCCAUUCGCCUGCUGUAUCUCUAUCUCAUUCAUCUCCUGCAGUCAGGUAUCCACGUGGAGAUUCAACUCCUCUGUCAACUGCUAAUGAUUCGGGGCAUUUUAAGGGAUCAUCUAUCCAUAGCCAGGAUCAAGCAUAUUAUGAUGCCGACAGUGGGAGUGUCAAAAACCGAGCUGGGAGGCAGUCUGGCCCAUUAGAUUAUAGUUCAAGCCGCAAAGUAAAGUUCACAGAAGGUUCAACAUCAGGUAGCAGCAGCAGGGGUCCCAGUCCGUUGCCAAGGUUUGCUGUUUCGAGGUCUGGUCCUCUAGCAUACAAGUAGAGAUAUUGCAAAGUAAGUAGAUGAAUAUUAUAAAUAUCUGUGCUCACGUAAAACAUAUUUUUGAAUGCACUAAUUGCUAGCAUGGUGAUUUGUGCACAGCGUCACUAUUUAUACUAUCACUCUGUGAGUUUGUGAUGCUGCCUAACUGUUCCUGUGAUUUAUACAGAAGACGAUAGCAGAAAAAUAUUCACUGCCAAAUCAUAUAUGAUAUAUAAAUGUAUGCUCGUAGAAAGAAAGUAAAAGAUACCCACAACUAUAACCCGGGAAUGCUGCUAAGAGACGUUGAUUGUGAAAGCAGCAGCAUUUUAUCAUGAGUUUGUAAAAAAAAUUGAAAUGAAUAUAAUGUGUAUAAAUAUUUGUAAGGAAAUCCUCUGUAGACAACAUUAUUUGUUUAACGGUUCUUAGUGAUGUGUGUCUAAGGGCAGAGAAUAAGUACUGACUCUCAUAAAAAUGAUUUAUUUUUAUUGC